AUGCGGGAAACGUCUCCUCCCAGCUUCUCGGAGGCCAUGUCAGACUCCCAGGGGGUCGAGACAAAGAGCAAAUGGACGCCGAAAUCACUCAUUCGACAUGCAGAGCGCUCCCAUAGUCGCAUACCGGGAGUUCGCAAAAUCCCUUUUCCUGCUCUUGCUAUCAUAUUAUUCAUUGCAUUCAUCAAUAUCGCGGUAUGGAUUGCGGUUGCUGUUGUUCUGGUAUGUUACUCCCGAUCGUCUCUGGUCUCUAAUGCCGUUCUUGCGUACACCUUAGGGUUGAGGCAUGCCUUUGAUGCUGAUCAUAUCUCAGCUAUCGAUUUGAUGACGCGUAGGCUGCUAGCCACGGGCCAAAAACCGGUCACCGUGGGAACCUUUUUCUCCCUGGGUCACUCAACCAUUGUCAUCGUCACAUCUAUCGUUGUGGCUGCCACUGCAGCCGCCGUGUCGUCCCGCUUUGACAGCUUUAGUACUGUCGGCGGAAUUAUUGGCACGUCCGUCAGUGCCGCUUUUCUCAUCUUGUUAGGUCUCAUGAACUUCUAUAUCCUGUAUAAACUGUACAAACAGAUGCAAAAAGUUUUAGACCUCCCAGAGGGCCAAGAAGAUGAAGCAUGGAAGAUUGAAGGAGGCGGAGUCCUGUUCAAUGUACUCAAACGGAUGUUCAAAUUGAUUGACCGCCCUUGGAAGAUGUACCCGCUUGGUAUUCUUUUCGGUCUUGGAUUCGAUACAUCUUCGGAGAUAGCUCUCCUUGGUAUUUCCUCUGUUGAAGCUGCGCGGGGCACAGAUUUCUGGGUCAUUCUGAUCUUCCCGAUCCUCUUCACAGCUGGAAUGUGCCUCCUCGACACCACUGACGGGGCCCUCAUGCUCUCGCUAUACAUUCAGCCCGCUGCUAACUUCCUCCCACCAAAGGAAGGCAGCUCUACCGCCGAGACGCCACUUAUAGGUGAAGAUCACGAAAUUCAGCCCUCACAGAACCACCGCGACCCUAUCGCGUUCUUGUACUACUCUAUCGUGCUAACCUGCUUGACUGUCGUCGUUGCUAUCGUGAUCGGUGUCAUUCAGCUUCUCACUCUGGUGCUCAACGUCGCUGAGCCCACGGGUAAAUUCUGGGAUGGGGUGCAGACAGCCGGAGACUACUACGAUGCUAUUGGUGGUGGGAUCUGCGGGUUAUUCAUCAUCAUUGGUGGUCUAAGUGUUGCCGUAUACAAGCCAUGGAGGAGAUGGGUUGCGAGAAGACACGGAAAGACCAUUGUGACGGACGAAGAGGGAAACCGUGACAAUGUCGCAGCACCAAGAAGCGAGACUCCUAUUCUGAGUGAAGAACGGGGCGGCGCGUCCGGUGCUAACUACGGUGCUGUCAGUAAGAAGGCUGCAUCUCAGACAAACUUCUCCACCUGUCCGACUAUCUUCGUGCUGCCUACUCAUCUCAGUCUGGAAUCACUGCAUCAAAUAGAGGAGAGUCUUGUCAGUCGAGACGCAAGCCUAACCUACGAUGUUUCCGAGGCGAGAUUGAUUCUCGGCAAAAUCGGACAGAAGAAACGGGCCGCUCUGGAGCUAAGAUCCCGCGGUGUAUGGACAGAGGACCUUGACCUUUCGACUUCAACAGUCUUAGCGAAGAGAGGUGGCAUCCAUGAACCCACUCCGCGACCUGUGGAAGUCGUCACGGAGGUGGACGUGGUUGAUCUCAGUACGGAGACGGAGAGUGAAGAGGACGGCGUGCGAAGCAAACAUGGCACCGGCAAACAUUUAAAGCGACCGAGACCAAGGUCCGUAUCAACUGAUCGGUUAUCAGUCGUAUCAGGUCAUUCAGGUUCGGGGGAGGGAGCAGACAUACUCCGAGUUGUCCGCUUAGAAUGGUUAGACCGAUGUGUUGAAGCAAAAGAGCUUUUGCCCUUUGACCCGUAUGUGGUAUACGAAGCUCGCAAGGUCGAGCGCCCUGCCACUAAACCGAACGUCACAGAGGCAGGAGGCUCUCAGGCAAGCGAUAUACUACAAAGGGCAAAGAAAGACACCCUUCUCAAGCCACCCCCGGCACCAUCUAACCGGUUUUCUCGCCGAACACACGAAGCACCAUCUAGCCAACAUCGCCCACCAAAACUAUACCGACAGACUACAUCCGAAAACGAAGAAAUGGCCCCCUUGCCACCAGCCCCAGGCUGGGUCAAGAACCAUACCCUAUACGCCUGCAUGCGAUCCGCGCCUCUCCACCCACCCAACGAAAGAUUCAUCAAUCAAUUAGUCAAAAUCCGUAAAAUCCGAGAGCUGACACUCGACGAAAUUGGCGUGAGAGCUUAUAGCACCUCCAUUGCAUCAAUAGCCGCCUACCCGUACGAAUUCCGCCGUCCAUCCGAAAUCCUCACCCUACCGGGUUGCGAUACCAAGAUCGCCAACCUCUUCGCUGAAUACCAGCAAAGCGAAGAUGGCACCAUCGAAGCUGCGACGGUACUAGACACAGACCCGGUCCUCAGAGUCCUAAACGAAUUCUACAAUAUAUGGGGCGUAGGUGCCAAAACAGCCCGUGACUUCUACUACUACCGCCAAUGGCGAGAUCUAGACGACGUAGUCGAACACGGCUGGAACAGCCUCUCCCGCGUGCAGCAAAUCGGCGUGAAAUACUACGAUGAGUUCCUGCAGGGUAUCCCUCGCCACGAAGUUGAGGACAUUGCCAAGAUCAUCCAUCGUCACGCUAAUCUCGUCCGUCCAGAUGCCCGAUACGACGGCCGUGGGGUUGAAUGUAUCGUGGUGGGUGGGUAUCGACGUGGGAAGGAGGCCAGCGGUGAUGUUGAUCUUGUCCUGUCUCACCGUGAAGAGUCCGUAACGAAGAAUCUGGUCGUCGAUAUCGUCGGUAGCCUCGAAUCAGAAGGCUGGAUCACACAUACUCUAGCCUUGCAUAUGACCACAUCAAAUCGAGAUCAACAGACUCUACCCUACAAGGGAGACGAUACAGGGAAACACUUCGACAGUCUAGACAAAGCGCUUGUCGUAUGGCAAGACCCGAACUUCGAUGACGACUCAGACCCCACUCCAUCAUCUGAUGCAGAUGCUGAAGAACAAUCUCGCCAGAAACGGAAACGUAACCCUAACCCCCACCGCCGUGUGGAUAUCAUCAUAUCCCCCUGGCGCACCGUCGGAUGUGCCAUCCUCGGCUGGUCGGGCGAUACUACCUUCGAACGGGAUCUGCGCCGAUACGCGAAGAAAUCACGGGGAUGGAAAUUUGAUUCCAGUGGGGUUAGGGAACGUACCACUGGAGGACAAGUGAUUGAUCUUGAGCGGGAGGGGAGAACGUGGGAAGAAAGGGAGAGACUUGUUAUGGAGGGCUUGGGGGUUGGUUGGAGGCCUGCUGGGGAGAGGUGUACAAGAUAG